AUGGCAAAACCGAUUCUUUAUUCUUAUUGGAGAAGCUCCUGUUCUUGGCGCGUACGCAUAGCUUUGAACUUGAAAGGAAUUGAUUAUGAGUACAAAACUGUCAACCUUCUGGAUUCGAAUGCUCUGAACGCUCCCGACUUCGUGACAGUCACUCCAAUCCAAAAGGUUCCUGUGUUCAUUGAUAACGGUCAUCCAAUUGCUGAGAGUUUGGCUAUCAUCGAAUAUUUGGAAGACAAGUACCCUAACAAAACAAGACUUCUCCCUACUGAUCCACUCAAGAGAGCUGAAGCUAGAGCUAUCGCACUUCAUGUAACUGCUGGAAUUCAGCCACUUCAAAACCUGGCCGUUUUGAAACAUCUAAACAGUCAAGCGGAAGGAAAGGGUAAAGAGUUUGCCACUCACUUUCUAACCACCGGACUCACUAAGUUAGAAGACUUGGUCAAAAAGUCCGCUGGAAAAUAUUGCGUAGGAGAUGAAGUCAGCAUCGCAGAUCUUGUUGUUCCAUCUAUCUUAUACAACGCUAAUCGCUUCGGAGUGAAUGUUUCUCAAUUCCCAACUCUGCUGAGAAUUAAUGAGUCAUUGGGACAAAUUAAGGAAUUCAAAGAUGCCGAGCCAGACGCACAACCCGAUGCCAAUUUGAACGCAUAA